GUCACGGCGUAGUGUUGACAGUCAAUUGGAAGUACAUAAAACAUUUGUUAGUACUUGUAAUAUUGGAAUUCAAGUUCCCGAUGUUGAUAUUGUUGAUAUUAGAACUCAUGACAUUGGUAUUCAAGUUUCU